CCCACCCCUUUUGUUUCAGGUGCAUGUCACCACAUUUGGCAACUGCAGCUAUGGAUAAUGGGAGUUUUGUGAGUCCUGUAUUAAUCCAUGUAACUGACUGACAUGCCUAUGCACAGCUAGCAGAGGGGCCACAAGUAUCCAGCAAUAGAGCCUCCCCUGCCAGGCGACAUGACCGGGUACAGUGUGUGAAGCUCCGGACAUCGGGUUGCCAGGGUUACCGUCGCAUCCCUCUGACAUCAUUCAGGCGUCCAGUCCUGUCCGGAAGCGCUACGCGCUCCGUGAGCCGGGUUGCCAUGGUCACCGUCGCCGCUUGAGUACGUCAUCUCCCAGGCGCUCUCGGCCUGACCGGAAGCUCCACGCUGUCCCGAGGUUGAGGAUGCCGGCAUGGGGGGCUAUUUAGGAGGCCUUUAAGUCAAAAUGGCCCAAAAAACACUGAGCGAGGAUGAGAAAUUCCUUUUUUUGGACAAAAACUUCAUAAACAGCCCAGUAGCCCAGGCAGACUGGACAGCCAAAAAACUGGUUUGGGUCCCUUCUGAGAAACAUGGAUUUGAAGCUGCAAGUAUCAAGGAAGAGAAAGGUGAUGAGGUCCUUAUUGAAUUGGAAAAUGGUCAGAAAAGGACAAUAAGCAAGGAUGAUGUCCAAAAGAUGAACCCCCCCAAAUUCUCCAAAGUGGAGGACAUGGCAGAGCUGACUUGCCUUAAUGAAGCAUCUGUGCUGCACAAUUUAAGAGAACGAUAUUUCUCCGGCCUUAUCUAUACAUAUUCUGGUCUUUUCUGCGUUGUGGUCAACCCCUACAAAAUGCUUCCAAUUUAUUCCGAGAAGAUCAUUGAAAUGUACAAAGGGAAAAAGAGACAUGAAAUGCCCCCUCACAUCUAUGCAAUAGCGGACACUGCCUACAGGAGUAUGUUACAAGAUCGUGAAGAUCAAUCCAUUCUGUGCACGGGUGAAUCUGGUGCUGGCAAAACAGAGAACACCAAGAAAGUCAUUUCGUACCUGGCUGUGGUGGCUUCUUCUCUCAAGGGAAAGAAAGAUACCACCAUCACUCAAGGCCCAUCUUUUGCUUACGGAGAGCUGGAAAAACAGCUUCUUCAGGCCAAUCCAAUCCUUGAAGCUUUUGGUAACGCCAAAACCGUGAAAAAUGACAACUCCUCAAGAUUUGGAAAAUUUAUUCGUAUCAACUUUGAUGUCACUGGCUACAUUGUGGGAGCAAACAUCGAAACUUAUUUGCUUGAAAAAUCACGAGCUAUCCGGCAAGCAAGGGAGGAGAGGACCUUCCACAUCUUCUACUAUUUGCUCCAAGGUGCUAAGCCUGCUUGGAAGGAGCAACUACUACUUGAAGGUUUUGGAUAUUACACAUUUUUCUCCCACGGCUACGUGCCCGUCCCUUCACAGGAUGAUGCGGACAUGUUCCAGGAGACUCUAGAAGCCAUGGAGAUUAUGGGAUUCAAUGAAGAGGAACAGUUAUCCAUGAUGAAGGUAGUGUCAUCAGUCUUACAGCUUGGUAACAUUGUCUUCAAGAAAGAAAGGAAUACUGACCAGGCGUCUAUGCCAGAUGACACAGCUGCUCAGAAAUGUUGUCAUCUCAUGGGGAUCAAUGUGACAGAUUUUACAAGAGCCAUCCUUACCCCUCGUAUCAAAGUGGGAAGAGAUCUUGUGCAGAAAGCCCAAACAAAAGAACAAGCUGACUUUGCAAUUGAAGCUUUAGCUAAAGCCACCUAUGAGCGUCUUUUCCUGUGGUUGCUGAGUCGGGUGAAUAAAGCUCUCGAUAAGACCAAGCGACAAGGAGCCUCUUUCCUGGGUAUUCUAGACAUUGCUGGAUUUGAGAUAUUUGAGGUUAACUCAUUUGAGCAGCUGUGUAUCAACUACACUAAUGAAAAACUCCAGCAGCUGUUUAAUCAUACCAUGUUUAUUCUGGAGCAAGAAGAAUACCAAAGAGAGGGCAUUGAGUGGAACUUCAUUGACUUUGGCCUGGAUCUGCAGCCUUGCAUAGAACUAAUUGAAAGGCCUAAUAACCCACCUGGUGUAUUGGCUCUUCUUGAUGAAGAGUGUUGGUUCCCCAAAGCCACUGAUGUCUCUUUUGUGGAGAAACUGAUCCAGGAACAAGGAAACCACAUUAAGUUCCAAAAACCCAAGCAACUGAAGGAUAAAACCAUCUUCACUCUUGUUCACUAUGCAGGAAAGGUGGACUAUGAUGCCACGUCUUGGCUAACCAAAAACAUGGACCCCCUGAAUGACAACGUUACAUCAUUACUGAACCAGUCAUCAGACAAAUUUGUUGGAGAUCUGUGGAAAGAUGUUGACCGUAUUGUGGGGCUAGAUCAGAUGGCAAAAAUGACAGAAAGUUCCCUACCAAGUGCAUCAAAGACCAAAAAGGGCAUGUUCCGUACUGUGGGCCAACUCUACAAGGAGCAAUUAGCCAAACUGAUGACAACCCUGAGGAACACAAGUCCCAACUUUGUCCGUUGUAUCAUUCCAAAUCAUGAGAAACGGUCAGGAAAACUUGAUGCCAAUCUGGUAUUGGAACAGUUGAGGUGUAAUGGUGUCUUGGAAGGCAUAAGAAUUUGCCGUCAAGGAUUCCCUAACAGAAUUGUUUUCCAGGAGUUCCGUCAAAGAUAUGAAAUCCUUGCUGCUGGUUCUAUCCCAAAAGGCUUUAUGGAUGGUAAACAGGCCUGUGUUAUCAUGAUCAAAGCCUUGGAACUUGACCCCAAUCUAUACAGGGUUGGCCAAAGUAAAAUAUUCUUCAGAACAGGUGUCCUCGCCCAUCUGGAAGAGGAAAGAGAUUUAAAGAUCACAGAUAUUAUUGUUGCUUUCCAAGCUCAAAGUCGUGGUUAUCUGGCAAGAAAGGCCUUCGCCAAGAGACAACAGCAACUAACAGCAAUGAGAGUCAUCCAGAGAAACUGUGCUGCUUAUCUGAAGCUGAGAAACUGGCAAUGGUGGAGACUGUUCACUAAAGUGAAGCCGCUCCUGCAAGUGACACGCCAGGAGGAAGAAAUGCAAGCCAAGGAUGACGAACUUCAACGAGUCAAUGAGAGGUUCUACAAAACAGAGGUUGAACUGAAGGAAAUUUCGAUGAAACAUGUCCAGUUGAUGGAAGAGAAGAACCUCCUGCAGGAGCAGCUGCAGGCUGAGACAGAGCUGUUCGCUGAAGCAGAAGAGAUGCGGAUACGGUUACAAGCCAAGAAACAAGAGUUGGAGGAGAUCCUUCAUGAAAUGGAAGCCAGGAUAGAGGAGGAAGAGGAACGUGGACAGCAACUACAAGGAGAGAAGAAGAAGAUGUUGCAGCAGAUGCAGGACUUGGAGGAGCAGUUAGAGGAAGAGGAAGCAGCCAGACAGAAGCUGCAGCUAGAAAAAGUGACAGCAGAGGCCAAGAUAAAGAAGUUGGAAGAUGAUGUGCUUUUAAUGGAUGAUCAGAACAACAAGUUAGUUAAGGAGAGAAAGAUUCUAGAAGAGAGAGUGAACGACCUAACGUCAAAUUUGGCAGAAGAAGAGGAAAAAGCAAAGAACUUGACUAAAUUAAAAAACAAACAUGAAUCUAUGAUCUCAGAACUGGAAGUGCGCCUAAAGAAAGAAGAGAAGAGCCGACAAGAGCUGGAGAAGGUAAAGAGAAAGCUGGAAGGAGAAUCGAGUGACCUUAAUGAACAAAUUGCUGAUCUGCUAGCACAGAUUGCUGAACUCAAACUACAGCUAGCCAAAAAAGAAGAGGAACUACAGGCUGCCCUCGCCAGACUUGAAGAUGAAACUGCCCAGAAAAAUAACGCGCUGAAAAAAAUCCGUGAGUUGGAAUCUCAUAUCUCUGACCUCCAGGAGGAUUUGGAGUCAGAGAGAGCAUCAAGGAACAAGGCAGAGAAGCAAAAGAGAGACUUGGGUGAAGAGUUAGAAGCCCUGAAGACAGAGCUGGAGGACACUCUAGACAGCACGGCCACACAGCAAGAGCUCCGAGCAAAGAGAGAACAGGAGGUAACAGUAUUGAAGAGGGCAUUGGAAGAAGAGACAAGAACGCAUGAAGCCCAGGUCCAAGAGAUGAGACAGAAACACACUCAAGCUGUUGAAGAGAUAACAGAACAACUGGAACAAGUGAAAAGGGUUAAAGUUAACUUGGAAAAAAGCAAGCAAGGUUUGGAGAAGGACAACUCUGAGCUCACAGUGGAAAUCCGGUCACUAAACCAGACCAAGCAAGAGGUAGAGCACAAGAAGAAGAAACUUGAAGUCCAAUUGCAAGAGCUGCAGUCUAAGUACACCGAUGGGGAACGGGUCAGAAAUGAGCUGACAGAAAAAUCACACCGAGUACAGGUGGAACUGGAAAACGUUACUGUUCUACUCAGCGAAGCAGAGACCAAGUCCAUUAAGCUUUCCAAAGAUGUUGCAAGUUUGGGAUCUCAGCUCCAGGACUCUCAGGAGUUGUUACAAGAAGAGACACGACAGAAGCUGAAUGUGGCCACUAAGCUCCGUCAGGUAGAGGAUGAGCGGAACAGUAUCCAAGAACAGCUAGAUGAGGAAGUGGAGGCCAAGCAGAACCUGGAACGUCAUAUCUCCACACUAAAUAUUCAGCUCUCAGAUUCCAAGAGGAAAAUGCUGGAGUUUACUGCCACUAUAGAGGCAAUGGAAGAAGGCAAGAAGAAGUUCCAGAGAGACAUUGAGGGCAUGACCCAACAGUUUGAAGAAAAGGCUGCUGCUUAUGACAAACUGGAAAAGACCAAGACCCGGCUACAGCAGGAGCUUGAUGAUCUUGUGGUGGACUUGGAUAAUCAACGCCAACUUGUGUCCAGCUUGGAGAAAAAGCAGAAGAAGUUUGACCAGAUGUUGGCAGAGGAGAAAAACAUCUCUUCAAAAUUUGCAGAUGAGCGAGACAGAGCUGAGGCGGAUUCUAGAGAGAAGGAAACUAGAGCAUUAUCCCUGGCCAGAGCUCUUGAUGAAGCCUUACAAUCCAAAGAAGAACUUGAGAGAGUGAAUAAACUACUGAAGGCUGAGAUGGAGGACUUGGUUAGCUCCAAGGAUGAUGUAGGCAAGAAUGUCCAUGAUUUGGAGAAAAACAAGCGAGCCAUGGAGCAACAAGUUGAAGAGAUGAAGACACAGUUAGAGGAGCUAGAAGAUGAGCUUCAAGCAACAGAAGACGCCAAGCUUAGGUUAGAAGUCAACAUGCAGGCCCUGAAAGCACAAUUUGAAAGAGAUUUACAAGCUAGAGAUGAGCAGAAUGAGGAGAAGAGGAGACAGCUGGUUAAACAGGUUCAUGAGUAUGAAACAGAACUGGAAGAUGAGCGGAAACAGAGAACCGCAGCAGCUGCAGCCAAAAAGAAGUUAGAAGUUGACCUUAAGGACUUAGAAGGACAAGUUGACUUUGCCAACAAAGGUCGGGAUGAAGCUAUCAAACAACUUAGAAAGUUACAGGCUCAGACGAAAGACUUCCAAAGAGAUCUUGAUGAUGCUCGUGCCGCCAGGGAGGAGAUAUUUGCCACCGCAAGAGAGAAUGAGAAGAAGGCCAAGAGCUUAGAAGCUGAACUUAUGCAACUACAAGAGGAACUGGCUGCUGCUGAGAGAGCAAGAAAGCAGUCUGAUUUGGAGAAGGAGGAACUGGCAGAAGAACUUGCAGGAAGUGCAUCUGGAAAAUCCGCUCUACAGGAUGACAAGCGCCGUCUGGAAGCCAGAAUUUCUCAGCUCGAAGAGGAGCUGGAAGAGGAGCAGACUAACAUAGAGGGCAUGAGUGACAGGAUGAGGAAAGCAGUGCAGCAGGCAGAACAAGUGACGAAUGAACUGGCGGCUGAGCGCAGCACUGCACAGAAGAAUGAGAGUGCACGCCAGCAGCUGGAGAGACAGAACAAAGAACUCAAGAGCAAACUGCAAGAAAUGGAGGGCACUGUCAAGUCCAAAUUCAAAUCCACCAUUACUGCUCUGGAAGCUAAAAUCUCUCAGUUGGAGGAACAGUUAGAGCAGGAAGCCAGAGACAAGACGACAUCAGUGAAAUCUCUACGCCAAAAAGACAAAAAGCUUAAGGAGGCUCUUCUGCAAGUUGAAGAUGAGAGAAAGCAGGCCGAGCAAUUCAAGGAACAGGCUGAAAAGGGAAAUGUAAGACAGAAACAACUGAAACGACAGCUGGAGGAGGCUGAGGAAGAAACACAACGACUCAAUGCUUCCCGCAGGAAAUUGCAGAGAGAGCUGGAUGAAGCCACUGAGAGUAACGAUGCACUGACCAGGGAGCUUGGUGGGCUUAAGAGCAAACUCAGACGGGGGAAUGAACCCGCAUCAUUCACCCCUCCUCGACGAUCCGGGGGAAACAGGAGAGCUGUAGAUAACGCAGGCGAUGGGUCUGAAGAGGAUGUGGAAACGCGAGAAACAGAUUACAACGGAACAAAAGCGAGCGAAUAAUGCUACUCAUUGUCACAUCACGUGCCUUUGGACUGUAUCACAAGUUUAUUUAUCCCCUUCAAUCCCCGAGAUGCCUGCAACAGUGUUUCAGGCUGCACCGGCAAUGAAGAGCAUUCCUCCCAGCGCACAUGCAAUAAACGGUGCCAACUAACUACAGCAGCACAGAACCCAUGCAGAAGGUCAUGCUCCUAUUAAAAUUAAAAAAUCUGCUCAAUGCACAAUAACGGUCGCCAGGCAUUUGACGAGGCAGCCACAAGCACUUAUGUAUCAAAGAGGACAAAAUGUUCAGCUCUCCAGCUUGCAUCACAGGCAGUAAUCGUGUGCUGAACUUUUUACCUCUUGGGCAGAUUGAAUCCUGUCUCUUCAAUGUUCAAAUCACAAGAUUGUAAAGUCUGCAACAGGCCACUGAUAUUAGGUGUAGCAUGUGGUCCAUGAGAUAAACACCUGUAAACUUAACAAAAUGUUAUAUUGACCUCCCCCCCCCCCCCCCCCCCCCCUUCCCCCUUAUUACACUGGCUGACACAAAGGAAUUGAUUCUAUAUUUUGAGUCUGCGUCCUUUUAUGAUCCAGUGUCCAAACAAGUGUCUUAAUGCUCAAGAUUUCUUAAUUGUUGGUUUUUUUUUUUAACUUUUCAUGCACUAAGUGCCUUUCUGAUCACAAACAUUAAAGAUAAUUUGUUUAAAAUAAAUCCAGAUGUAUUAACACAGUUUCCUACUGCACCCGGAUUGUGCCAAAGCCACAUCCACUGAUACAAGUAUAAAGCACCAGAUUACAUUGUAGUGGUCUUCUCUAUUCGCUGCACAUAUUCUAGGGAUAUCAUUAAAGAGGGUAUUUUAAGAGUGUUUCCUUGAUUUUAACUAUAGUGGACUCUUAAUCCAGCCCGUUGUGUUACUAAUCUAUUUUAAAGUGCAAGGUCUUUUGAUUUGGCUUCUCUAAUAAAGUUCAAUUUUAUUGCAAGCUC